AUGAACGAAAUACAAAGAGUGUUACUUACUUACAUAAGGGGAGAGAGAUACAUAGAUCAAAGCAGAUUGAUAAAUGCUUAUAAUGUUAUUUUUGAGAAAUUGAAAUCAGAAAAUGAAGAAGUAAAUGAUCCAACGAACGAAGUUGAGAAACAUAUUACUGCUAUAAAUUCUCGUAUAUCAGAACAUGGGUUUAAGGUAGAAAGAAGAAAUCAUGAAAUCACGGGAGAAUUGAAUUAUAUCUUUGUUAACACGUUGUCUGACGAGGUGAGUAAACUGAGUACUACUUAUAGUGCUCCAGAAUUAGAUGCCAUUAAAUCAAUUAUCGAUGAUAUAAUAGAAGCUGAGAAUUAUUCAUUUUCAAUAGGCAGAGUGAACUGUCAUCAGAAAGUAGCGGCUAAGUUGAAUAAGACUUUAGGUGAAUCAUCUGCUUUUGUAGAUAGAUUAAUAGAUGAUGGUUGGUUCAUUUGUACCAGCAAUGAUAGAGUGGCCGUUUCAAUAAAGGCAAUCACAGAAUUAAAAGCUUAUCUUAUAACGCGUCAUGGAACUAACAAAGACAAGAAUAGUCCUGGAAAAAUCUUACAAUGUGAUCAAUGUGAUCAAAUCCUCACAAUGGGUUAUAUGGAAAAGCGAGAUGAACCUGCAUUCUUUCACUACAGAUGUUUUGAAGUCUACAAGAGAACUAAUGAAGUACAUGAUAGUAUAUUACAAAUAGGUAUUGAACCUGAAACCGUCUAA